GAAAAUCACAGUGAGAAAACAUGGAAAACAUGAAAACAGAGCAGUCGGACGUGACUUUGGUUUUUGGUAAAGUCGCACUUUUGCGUGGAUUGCGGCAGGAACGACGCAUGUUCUGGAGACGAGGUUGACCCCUGACCUCUAACCCUAACCCUGAACGCUCGUCCAGGUCCAGAAUGUCAUCCAACUCCACAGAGGACGACGAUCCGUGUGCACCCGACGACAACCUCUGUAUAACAAGGACACACCUGCAGGCGGUGAUCAUCGUCCCCACGCUGCUCCUCUUCUUCACGCUCGUCACUUUACUCUUCGUGUUUCUGCGACAGUACUGUCCUGAACGCAGACCCUCACACAUCACAGCCCCUCAGAACAACAAUCAUCACCAUAGCAACCCCCACCACCAUCAUCAUCAUCAUCAUCGUCGUCAGCAGCAUCAUCAUCGUCAUCACCAUGUGUCAUCGCACAGGCACACGCAGAGACCCCACCUACAGGGCAUCGACGCGCCCCCUGGGCUGAACCCGCUGGAACAUGAAGUGCUGCCCUUGUCGGUUCAGCCAGUGCAGCAGAACGUGAAGCCGAACGUGAGCGCACCACCGCAGGUGACCACAGAGAGGCACCAUGGAGCCUUCAGCCAGGUCACGGCUCUGCCUCUGUCCGUCUACAUCAAAGCUAAUGAUGCGGUCACGCUCUACAGAGGACGCAUGGACAACAGGGACGUGGUCCUGAGAGUCCUCAAAGAAACAGCAACCAGCAGUGAGAAGCAGCACUUCCUGAACUUUGCCUCCUUCGUCUCUGCACUGGGGCCACACCCCUUCCUGCCCGCGCUGCUGGGCGUGGUCUCAGUGCAGCCGCCCCUGAUGAUAGUGAUGGAGGAGCUGCGUCACAGAGACCUGCUGGGCUUCCUGUGGAGAUGUAGACAGGUGCAGGUUCAUCUGGACAACACAGGUUCAGGGUCGUCAUGUGACAUGACAGAGAAGAGGAUCUUCAUCAUGGCCGGACAAGUGGCCUCUGCUCUGGAUUACCUGCACAGUAAAGGCUACGUUCAUGGCAACGUCGGGGCUCGCAGCGUCCUGGUUGGUGGAGACCUGACGGUGAAGCUGUGGGGUCUGGGCUCCGUUUACCGGAGGACAGCGCGGGGCGGUUCUCUGGGGGAGGUGGACGUCAUGGAGAUGAGGAAGUGGCAGGCGCCAGAAGUCCUGGCGAGAAGAGCCAUGAGCAAGAGCAGCGACGUGUGGUCCUUUGGAAUCCUCCUCUAUGAAAUGGUCUCACUGGGCGACCCACCGUUUGCUGAGCUGAUGGCGGCUGAACUUCUGCAACAUCUGCAAAGAGGGAAGCAUCUCAGUCGACCACCGACAUGCUCCAACACCCUGUAAGAAGACCAAACUAAAGUACUCAAUGAUUGAUCAAUAAUCCAUAUAGAUUUAUAAAGCACCGUUGAAUAGAUGAAUAGAUUCAUCGAUUUUGAAAGU